UCAGGCCAGAUUACUUCGCGUGAAGCUGCCGGAGAAACUCGUGCAAAAAGUGAAAUUUUCAUUGUAACAAUGUUGAAACGAAUGUUUGCCGUGGCUAUCAUCACCAUGACUCUGUUGGAAACUAUAAGAGCCCAACGGCCCGCCUUUGCGGGAUUGAGGCCACCAGGUGGACUAAGUCAGAAGGACAAGUACCACGCAACCCAAAACACAGCCGUGGAGAAUAUCACCGGAGUGGACAUAGCUACGAGAUUUGGAGAGCCAUCCAGUUCGCAGAAGCCAGAUCUAAUCAAUCUACCCUUCGGAGCCUCCCAGAGGCCGCCCGUUGGAGUUCCCCUAGUACUGCCAAUAAGUGGGUCUGCUCCGGAGGCGGUUCCCACUGUGGCCAACCGAUUUGGAGCAGAGGACAACCCAGAAUCCACAACGCAGUCCACUAGUUCCACAGCCGGCAGUCCCGCAACCUCCGUGAGCCCGGUUCUUAGCCAGCUGCCCAUCGAUGCCCAUGGUGAUCAGGAGUGGGUCAACCACUUGAGUCAGCUGCCCGUGGAACAGCAGCCCUUUUGGUUCAUUAAUUACCAGGCAAUCGAGGCUCAUCGGAACAGCUCGAGACGUGAAGUGGGCGCUCUGGAAACGCGGGGAUCUUUCCGCGGUUAACAAUCUAAUUUAAUAACAACAAUGAGAUUUAAAAAGCUUUCGUUUUACUAACUCAAAUAUGUGCGAAUUUACAUAUAGAAUUACUUAUUUAUUUUAUAUAAAGAAAAAAAUGCGUAUUUAUAGGUGGCGAUAAUGGAAUCAACUCAAAGCUGAUAAGAUAGAUGCCAUGUCCGAGCACAUCAAUAUACCCGUUACUCGUAGAGUCGUGAUGAUAACCCUGAAUCGUAUUUUAAUUGACUCGAUGUACACUUCAUAGGUAUAUAUUAAGCUUUCAAACACUUUAUUCUAUUUAGGAAACAGUUACAGGCCAAGCUAAGGACAGAACAUAUAAGUACCUUUGGUUGUUUGACUUUUUGAAAAAUACUUUUUCUAUAAUUUGAACCCCUAAAUUUAGAGACUUAUUACACAAGGCAGUUGUAACAGAAAUUUUGUGUGUUGAAGGUUCCAUUUUCUCAUACGGACGAGCAAACAGUCGGACAGGGCCAGAUCAACUUGACUAUUGAUCCUAAUCAAGAAUUUACAUAUAUACUUCAUAUGUUCUGCAUGUUACAUACUUUUCAACAAAUCUAGAAUACCCUUUUGCUCUACAAGUAAUUGGUACAAAAAGAGCUCCGCAAGCCAUUACACUUGUGAGCCAGCCCCUGCAGCUAGAAUAAAACAAUGCAUUAUAUAUGCAUUGGAAAUGGGAAACCAUUCACAAAAGACCAUAAAAUUCCGCUAAAAGUAUGCGAAGGGAACAAGGAACCCUUUAAACGUUUACCUGGCAACUCACAUGUCAAGGGGAUAUGCUAAGCAUUCUGAACAGAAGCACGUUCAGAAGAGGUCUAUCUUAAAGGCGAAUGACUUGCUAUGUUAUUUGAAAAUAAAGAUCUUUGAGCGCUGUGUAAUGAAUGCAAACCAAAUUUCAUCCUUUUUAAAAUUUCUUUAUUUUAUUAACAGUUAAAGUCAUUAUUUCG